AUGUUUUGGUCGGGUUCGCCAUACGUUUCACUGGACGAGCAGUACAUCGGCGACAUCCGGCAGCGGGUGGACCUUUUCAAGGACCACUUGCAGCAGGAGGACACGCUCUCGCGGCGCUUCACCUCGCUGGCCGCCCCGCCGCCGCCCUGA